UGCUGUUGCUGUUGUUGUUGCUGUUGUUGUUGCUGUUGUUUGUGUUGUUACUGCUGCUGUUUGUGUAGCGAGUUAUUACUUGCCAUCCCACUUCUCUCGCCACACACGCACAUCCUUACACGUAACUUUAAUCCUUCCCAAUACACCAGUCAGUUCGGUCGUCGACGAAUGCUACAAACUCAUUGCUUUGUUUAAAAACAAUUCUGUUGUAGUUUUAUCAUUUUCCAUUCUUACAAAAGCAACAAAAAACAUCCCCACCCACCCCACUUUGUUCACGGUAAAAGUUCAAUUAAUUUUCUGUACAACUGAUCGAUCAAUUAGUCCAGAAAAUCUACCUGACCGAUUAAACGACCAAACGAUUGCAACAAACCCAACCCGUGACCACCACAAAGAAAAACAACUACAAAAACAGUGGUUUUAUAUAGUCUUUGUUUUUGCUUUGUUUAUGCUGUUGUACUUUGGUUCGAGACAUGGCGUCAAAUGACCGAGUGAACCGCAGUGCGAACUUUCUGAAACAAUUUCGCGACGGAGCUGGACAGUUCAAGAAAAUCACGGCAAAUCAGUUUAUGGAUGUUUGGAACCAUUACGACCAAAAUGGUAAUGGUUAUAUUGAGGGAACUGAACUGGAAGAUUUUCUACGAGAACUGGUGACAAGCGUCUUAAAGACAGACGAUGGUAACGAGGCUGUGUCAGAAACGGCUUUCAACGAUGCUAAAGAAUUAUUUAUGGAUGCUUUUGAUGUCAACUUGGAUGGCAAAAUUGAUAUUUCCGAGUUAACCGAACUACUUCCAGUGGAGGAGAAUUUUUUGCUUCUUUUCCGCAGAGAUCAUCCACUGGACUCCAGUGUAGAAUUCAUGCAAACAUGGAAGGCAUUUGAUUGUGACCAUAGCGGUUAUAUAGAGGCUGAUGAACUGAAGAAAUUUCUGCGUCACCUGCUGCAACAAGGCAACAGUGAAAACGUUGUUACCGAAGACGAACUGAUCACUUACGCUGAUACAAUUCUCAAACUCUUUGACCGAAAUAACGAUGGGAAACUGCAGCUUAGCGAAAUGUCGAAGUUGCUUCCAGUCAAAGAAAAUUUCCUGUGUCGGCCCAUAUUUAAAGGAGACAAAGGAUUUACAAAAGAUGAUCUGGAUCACGUUUUUGCUUUGUACGACAGGGACAAAAAUGGCAGCAUUGAAAAUGAGGAAUUACAUGGAUUUUUAAAAGACUUAAUGGAACUGAUUGAAGAGGAUUACAGCAGCGAAGAUCUUGAAGAAUCUAAACGCAUCUUGUUGCAGCAAUGCGAUUUGAACAGGGAUGGCAAGAUCAACAAAGACGAGCUGACCAUGUUGCUGAUGUCCUACGACCAGAUGCGAAUGAAUUCCCUAAGCUUACAAAAAUUGAAGCUAUGGAUGAUGCGUAAAUACUAUAAUAUCAAGUUCGAAAUAUUAAAGCUGGCUGCCUUCUUGACUCAAAAUAAGAAGAGAAAUAAUGAGAAUCACUUUGGAAGUAACUUUGGUCAAUGACUGCUCCCUUUUUGUAACUCUGUCUUGUAGCCAGGCCUGCAUCACCAAUCACUAACUACGACCCAGGCAUAGAUCAGUUAUAGAUCUAUCAAUAAAUCACAUA